AUGAUUCGUAAUAUUUCAUGUAGCAAAUUUCUAAAGCAUCAAUAUCUAACAAUAUUGAUACCAAAAACUAAAUCAUUAAGAAUAACUCAUUUGACUAUACACAGUAGCAUACAAUCUCCAACUGUUUUAAAAUUAUUAAACCGCAGUCCACGCCUAAUAUCUUUUAAAGUAUCUUUUACAAGUGGCUCAUGCCGAUCUGGUGCAAAAUGGAUGCGUAACGCCUUAGGCCCUAUUAUUCAAGGGAAACGUAAAAACCUCAAAGAAUUGGGAUUUUAUCUAACCUAUAAUAUAAAAUCUAUUGAAGAAAUUUUUUCUCUUAUUAUUAUAAUUGGUAAUCAAUGUCCUAACAUUGAUUCAUUAAUAAUUAAUGGUAUUACAAUCGCAAACAAAUAUUUUAAAAAAAUUGCUUGUUCAUUUAAAAAUCUUAUUAAAUUGCAUUUGCAUACAAUUGAUCACAAAAAUAUGCUCACAAUAUUAAGUACAUUUCCUAAACUUAAAUCAUUAUCAGAGACUAUUUCAUCUCAUAAUUACCAUCAUCCCAAUAAUCUUAACAAUUAUCAAAAUUACUAUCGUCACAAUAAUCGUAGCAACUAUCAAAAUUACUAUUAUUCUGUUUCCCAUAGACCUAAUAUUACGAAUUCAUUUCAUGAUGAUAUGAAAUCUAUCAUUUCAAUUAAUCAACUUCCGAUUAUAGAAUCUCUUCGUAUUCAAAUUCAACAACCUUUUGUUAGUUACUUUAUUCCAACACAAACUCAUUUAAAACAUUUAGAAUUAUCAAAGUGCAUUGAUUUAACUGAUAAUGAUAUUGCAAUAAUCAUUGAAUGGUGCAAAAAAUUAGAUUCAAUAAUAUUGAGACAAUGUCCGAAAUUUACCGAUAGAUCUAUAAUUACUAUUGCAAAAAAUAUUCCAAAUCUUAACCAUCUUAGAUUAAUGGAGUUUCCUCAUAUUAGUCACAGUAGCAUAAUUGCGAUUUCGGAUAACUGUAGAAGUUUAAAAACUUUUGAACUAUCAAUAACAACAGCUGCUAUAGUCCGUUUUGAUGAACUAUCAAUAAAACCAAUUAUUAAAGCCCCUUUUAAUUCAUCAUUCAUUAGGUUAUUACAAAAUUGUGACAAACUUAUUGAAUUAUCAUUAGAAUUACCUGGAAGCUUUGGUAAUCAAAUUUUAAAUAGCUUGGGAAUUAAGGGACAUAAAUCGUUAAAAAUUUUAAAAUAUUCUCGAAUUCCUAAUGAGUAUUGUGAUGAAUUGCUUGAUAGCAAAUUUAUAAAUAUGCUCUCUAAUGGGUGCGAAAAUUUAAGAGUUUUCAAUCUAAAAGUGGAACUUAGUAAAACGAAUCUAGAUGUAAGUAAUUGA